CUCUACUUUCUAUGCCCUAGCAUUCAAUUUCUACUGUUUUGUGCUUCAUCUCUUGAUUUAUAAGCUUUUUCGUUGCUUAAUUCCACUAGAUCUUGUUCUUCGGACUCUUAAUCUUUUCAGGAUCUCAAAUUCUUAUUGUCAAAGAUUUUGAAAGGCAGUGAAAUACUAAAAGUUUACAUGGCUGGAAGAAAUCAAAACAAGAACCGGCCCAGUUUUAUAGCAGAUAAUUUCAAUUCACUAGAUGAGGUAAUCUCUUCGCUGAGAGAAUCAGGCCUUGAGUCAUCGAAUCUAAUUCUUGGCGUCGAUUUCACAAAGAGCAAUGAAUGGUCAGGUAGAUAUUCUUUUAGGAGAAAAUCAUUGCAUGCUAUCGGUGACGUACCUAACCCUUAUGAACAAGCCAUAUCUAUAAUUGGGCGCACAUUGUCGCCUUUUGAUGAGGAUAAUUUGAUACCUUGUUUUGGAUUCGGUGAUGCUUCUACACGUGAUCAGUACGUCUUCAGCUUUUACCCUGAUCAACGUGCUUGCCGUGGUUUUGAGGAGGCUCUCUCUCGUUAUAGAGUGAUUGCCCCACUUUUGAAUCUAUCCGGUCCAACCUCAUUUGCGCCUUUAAUUCAUGCAUCUAUCGACAUAGUUGAAAGGAGUAAUUGGCAAUAUCAUGUCCUUGUCAUUAUUGCUGAUGGACAGGUUACAAGGAACCCAGAUGUACCACGAGGAGCGCUAAGUCCUCAGGAGCGUGCAACCGUAAAUGCUAUUGUGUAUGCCAGUCACUGUCCUCUAUCAAUCAUCAUGGUGGGUGUUGGCGACGGACCGUGGGAUGCCAUGCAACAGUUUGAUGAUUGUAUACCUGAGCGGACAUUUGAUAACUUUCAGUUUGUGAACUUCACAAAAAUAAUGUCUGCAAACACGGAAAUGAGAAAGAAAGAGGCUGCCUUUGCACUCGCCGCACUUAUGGAAGUACCAUUUCAAUAUAGAGCCACACAAGGCCUCAAGCACCUCGAGAAACAUAUGGAAAAAAAUUAUAUAUCGAACAUCCUCCCACCGCCGCCCAAAGUGACGGAACAUGAUAAUAAUGUAGCAACAGCAUUUUCACAAACAAGUUCAAAGUCAGUUAGUGAGGAUGCACCAACAGAGCAGGUAUGCGCAAUAUGCUUAUCAAACCCGAAGGAUAUGGCAUUUGGUUGUGGUCAUCAAACUUGCAAGGAAUGUGGUGCAACUUUAUCAACAUGCCCUAUUUGCCGUGCACCCAUCACCAUAAGGAUAAGACUUUAUUCUUGAUCUUCAGCCGGAUCCUUCAUGUCAAGAAAUGCACAUAAAUAUAUGAGGAUAGAAUAGUCUUCAACUUCUGGACCUUUCUCAGCAUAAGAAUGCUUAUUAUAUCUUAAUAACAAUGUGAAUUUCUCCACAAGGGAAAAUUAUGUAUUUUUACGGCUGUGACAGAAAGAAAAUAUACAGGGAACGGAUAUAUUAAUUGUACAUUGUUUCAUUCACCCUUUUUAAUAAAAUAAAAACAGUUAUUUA